AUGAACACAACCUUCGAACCCACCCUCUCCCUCCGCCCCCCCGUCACCACCGCCCUCGCCCCCUCCAUGGCCGACUCCCUCCCCCCCAUCGACUUCGGCUUCGACGAGCUACGCACACGCAUGUCUCAAUUUACCCAACGCUUCGACGCCUUCAUCGAGACCGGUCGCAAACGCGUUUUAGAAGAGCGCAACCAAUUCCGCUCCACCGUCGCCGAAGCCCACGAGGACCGCCGCAUGCGCAAGAAGGACAUUGAGAUCCUCCAACUCAAAGCUCAGGGCCACGCGCAGGCGCUGCAGAGGGAGGAGGCGGAGGCGAAGGAGAUGGAGGGGGCGGUGGGGAGGUUGGAGAGGCAGAGGGAGGCGAAGGUUAGGGAGCGGGAGGGGCUGGUGGGGGAGAUUGAGAGGGUGGAGAGUAUGAUUCGGGAGAGGAGGGUUAGGCAGAAGGAGUAUGCUGAGCGGAUCUCUGGGAUGGCUGUUCAUGAUAUCCCCGAGCUGAAUUUCUGGACGAGUAACCUAGGGUUGAGGAUUGAAGGGGCGGGAAUGAGUGAUAGGCUUAAGUUUGUGUUUACGUGUGUGGAUGAGAGGGAUUGGGAGAGGGAGGCGUGGUUUGAGCUGUGCACGGAGAGGAGGGAUUAUGAGGUUGGGAAGUGCUUUCCGAAGGUGGAGAGGGAGAGGGUGGAGGGGAUUGUGGAGAGGUUGAAUGAGAAUAGGGAGUUGGGGGGGUUGUUGAAGGGGAUGAGGGAGUUGUUUGUUGAGGCUAUGAAGGCUUAAGGGGGAGGGUGAGAUUGGGGUUGUGUUAUGUUAUCCUGCGUUCUUGUGUUGUCUCUUUGAGUUUAAUAUGGACCGGACCAGUUGUAGCCAUAGGAAUGGCAUAAAUUGAACACGCUGGGAUGAUGGCAUUUGCGUUGACUACUUUCGUCAUCGCCAAAGUGAUAAUAUCUCCGUGCAUCGUUCAAACGUGUGACCAUUCCUAAUAUAAAUAGGCCGCCAUUCUCAUCAUGCGUUCACACAA